UCACUGGGUGAUGAUGUGGACGAAACGCAAGAAAUACCGCUCCUCACUACUGCUGCCGUCCACUCAGCAUUAUUUGGUGAAUUAGGGUUGUAUUACCCAUCAUGAUUCCGCCCUGCACUCUAUGUCGGCCCAUCAUGUCAUACACCCCCGUUGCAUCGUCCCUGGAUAUAAGAACGUCGUUAUCCCCAGUCACACAAUUGAUAAUCUGUUAUGAGCCUCAAUUCGGACUUCCCCAGAUCGAUCGUGUGUUGUUUGAUUCGUCUUUGAUUGUCUAACUUGGCCCUGAUAUACUUUGAAUUGUCGCUCUGCUAUUCAAUAUAUAUUUUGAUAUUUUAGUCCACGCCGCUUGAUAUUAUACUGGCACAUCUGAUAUCGAGCACGAUGUCCACCCCACAGAGGCAACCCUCAAUGUCCGCGGACGAGGAAAAUGGUCGAAAGCGAGUCGGUAAAGCGUGUGACCGUUGUAGACUCAAAAAGUCAAAGUGUGAUGGUGCGACCCCCUGUUCACGAUGCAAAGCAGACAACGCUAUCUGUGUCUUUGGAGAGCGAAAGAGGGUACAUGACAAAGUCUACCCUAAAGGCUACGUUGAGAUGCUGGAACAGCAACAGGCGCAGCUAGUCGCCGGCCUCCGAGAGCUGUACCACCGCCUUCAACCGGGCUGUGAACGACAAGCCUGGCCAGGGGCACCAUUGGAGACGCAAGAGAAUGGACAUCCUCUCACCCACGACAUCCUCGAGCGCCUGGACCUUCUCUACUUGCGGAUAGAAGGUGGCCCAAUUCCAGAUGGCACAUUCGAGGACGAUCCGGCCAAACUGCAGCAGAAAAUGGUUCGAAACGGGUCUAGACUAGUCAAGCGCCGCGGUUCGGUCUCAUCGGAUUCAUCCCACGAUGUCAGCCCCUCAACAUCCACCUUCGAUACACCGCCAACAACGAACCUAAGUUAUAACGAUCAUUACUCAGGAAUGCCGCCAACACCACCAGCGGUGCAUCGCAGUCCAUUCAUGCGGCAAACGGAGCUGCCGGCGAAGAAGAUGCGAGGAGCACAGUUCGGCAUGCCUCUGCAUCAACCGCAGGUGGCCAUCCACACAGCGGUUAUGAACAACGCGCCGGCCAUCCGGAACUCUCUCAUGAAUCAGACAAUGGAAGAAGACAGUGAGUUGUUCGCGCAGAUGGACAGCUCGAUAUAUGACGGUGCAGCUCUCAUGGCCCCGUUCAACGGCUUUGGGAUCCCAGCACCGACCACCAUGGCGAUGGACUGGUCGGACCCGAGCGCCGAUUUGGACUUCGGCAGUUUCAUCCAAGCUGGUCGAGGAACGGUGUAGAGCCUAUCACGGGCGACAUCAAACCAACGAUUACUCCCAGGAUCAGCCAUUCAAUCCUGGUGGCACGCCUGGACUUCGGCACAGCACUUCGCUGGCCGACCCGUCCAGUAUGAGAGGAGAGGGAGG